AUGGGAAAGAGAAAGAGAAUAGUUGAAUUGAAUGAAACACCAUCAUCUUCAGACUUCAUGCCACCUUCGCCUCAGACGGGUAUGUUGUCAAAACAGCACCAAGCUGAACGCAGUGCGGCACAGCCUCCAUUAUCCAUUACGGAUAUUAGGGAUAGUUCCAUGAAGAUACCACAAGGCCUCCAGUCACCUCAUGGUUCUGGUUGUGGUUCAUUAUCGAGGCACCCUCAUCAUUGUUUUAGCCGCCGUUACUCUAAACGAAGCUCUAAUCAUCAUGAAGCAUCAACUUCUAAUCGGAAGGGUCAUCCCGUAUAUGAUGCGAAAUUGUCCUUUAAAUGGCCUAGUAAAGACUAUUCAGACUCACAGCAUAAAGAAAGUAGGGAGGGAACAUUCCAUAAGCCCGAAAGAAUUAGGUCAAGUUCGUUGGAGAUGAAUGCAGUAUCUGCUGAUGUGCGGAAAAUGGAGUGUGGUAUAUGCCAGAAACUUGUGAGAAAAAAACCCUUUAUCCUUGAGAACACUAUGUCAUCUAGCGAUGUCUCAGUGGUAGCCGUUUUAGUCUGCGGUCAUGUUUUUCAUGCUGAUUGUUUGGAAAAGAAAACGAGCCAUGAAGAUAGACGGGAUCCACCUUGUCCACUGUGUGCAAGCCUACUCUCGCACGUUGCCUAG